CAAUCACUGCUCAGAUAGCAAAAUGUGUAUCUCUCUAUUCCGGGUUCCUAACUCACACUUCAUUGUUUGCCAUUUGGAAGAGCACAACUUUAGAAGACUUCUACAAGAUUGUUUCCUACAUUGGAGAGUUAUCUUUCUGCUAUAGUCUAAAGACUUAUCUACCAACAAGAUCCUAAGAAAAAGCGCACUGAGCCAUUUCUCAUCUCACUUUUUUUCUUUCCGAAGUAAAAGGAUAAUGAGACCCCAAAGAGUUUUUCCUGAAAAGGAAGCUUUGUACUUCAUUGCUUCUGGGAAAUAUAAAGACACAUUUGAGAAAAAAUUAAUGUGUGAAGAGAAAGGUUUUGGAGUAAUCGCCACAAAACAUAUUGAGCCAGGAGAAUUCCUGCUGGAGUAUGUUGGAAGACACAUUAAUGGAUCUGAAGGAGAGACCCUGUUCAAAGACUACUCAGCUGAAGAUGCCGUUUUUUUUUACAUUUCUACUCCUUUCAGGGACAAUUUUACUGUGUUGAUGGCAGUAAAGCUACGGAAAGACUCGGACGAUUCAUAAAUGAUGACCACAUCAAGCCAAACAGCAAAAUUAAAAUAAUAAUGGAUGAAAAGAAAAUGCCACAUCUGUGUUCAUUUGCGUUAACAAAAAUCAAUGCAGGAGAAGAAAUUGUCUAUGACUACGGAGAUCCUAACUGCCCAUGCAGACAGAAAACCUGUACUUCCACAUUCAGAGAGAUCAAGGAAAAUAUGGAAUCACGAUGGAAGAAUUCAUUUGUAAACCUUGAUUUAAAGCCUGGUGUGAUGAAAAUUGAUGACCUUAUCAUCAACACAGAAAUGAAGAUUGCAAAUGGAUGCAAUGCUGCUGAGAUUUUCCCAGGAGUCUUCAACAACUGCAAAGUUGCAGUGAAACGAGUUGCCAAACAUGUUUCCAAAACUGAAAUGGAAAUGGCUCAUUUCCUGAGUUCAAAAAAUGUACAAGCAGAGCACCUUCUGCAACACAUGUCAGUGUUGGAAGACACUUACUUUGCCUAUUUUGUCUCACCUCUUUGUGAAUAUAGUUUAAUGGAGCUGAUUGAAAACAAGGAUUUUCCCGAAAGAAAAAGCCUGAUAGAGAAUCGAAGACUAGAGAUCUGCCAGUUACUGCAAGGACUUCAGGAACUGAAUUCAUAUGGAAUUUUGCACAGAGACCUGAAGCCUGAAAAUAUUUUGUUUGAUAUCAACAACAAACUGUACAUCGCAGACUUUGGAGCAAGCAGAAAACUGGAUCUGGCACAAACCACACUGCUCUCUCAAAUGGCUGGAUCUUUUUCUUGGUCAAGUUUUGAAGAUGUUGGAGGCAUGCAAUACAAAUACAAGAAAGAAUCAGAUAUCCAGGUCGCAGGGUGCUUGGUGCAUUACAUCCUGACGGAUGGGCAACACCCCUAUCAGACAACUACACCCUACUCAAAGGAUCCAUUUGGGCUAUCUCAAAAUGUCAAAAUGGGUAACUUCAUUCUUCAAUGUGAAGAAACAUGGACAAGACAAAAAUAUAUUAUUAGCAGAAUGCUGUCUAAAUCGAUUGAAGAACGUCCCACCAUUGAGGAAUGCCUUCAGUCUUUCACAUCUGACCACCGUGCCGCCCACCUUCGCCUGUCUAUGCCGUCCAUCAGGUCCCUGAUUGCUGCAGUCAGACUGGAAUCGGACCAUGGAUGGGAACGGGAGAUUGAGGUCCUUGUGUUCCUGCACUGGCUGGCCCAUGCAGCAUCCUACAGGGUGGUGUCGCAGGCCUUCGACAUCCCAAAGACCUCUGUAGUGAGCAAGGCCAUCAUGGGAAUUUUGAGGAGGGUGAUCUGUGUAGCCAUGACUCAUUUUCGCUACAUCUGCUUUCCGACCGGAGAUGACCUGGAGGCAGUGGGAGCAGGAUUUGCACAGCUGUCUGGGCCACCAGCUUUCAGCAGAGCAGUUGGUGCAAUAGACGGCUGUCAUAUUCGUAUCAAACCUCCAGCAAAUAACUCCCACUGCUACUUCAACAGAAAGCUGUUUCACUCCAUCCAACUCCAGGCCAUCACUGAUCACCGGGGGAAAUUCCUUGAUGUGAUUGUGGGGUAUCCUGGGUCUGUGCACGAUGCCAGGGUGCUGAGGAACAGUCCAGUGUAUGCUGGCAGUGUAUAUCCACCUGCAGGAGAGUGCAUCCUCGGGGAUGGAGGCUAUCCUUGCCUGAGUGCACCCAUCUGCCUCAUCACCCCGUACAGAGAGCCGCUGCAGAACCCCUUUGCAGGCUCGUUUCAACAGCAAGCACUCCCGUGUCCGCAACAUCGUGGAGAGAGCGUUUGGGAUGCUGAAGACACGCUGGCGCUGUAUCUUCUUCAAGGCCUUGGAGCCAAUGGGGACAUCGUUGAGCCAGAGGAUGAGGAAGACCAUGAUGACGGCCCCCCUGAUCCCCACAACCUUGAAGCAAGAGUGGGAGAACAAGUGCGGGACAAUCUGGCUGCUGCAGUGUCUGCUCCAAACAUCCCUGUGCCGGCUCUCCAGGAGCAUGACUACCUUUAA